GGGGCGGUGCGGUGCCGGGGCGGUGCCGGCGGCGGAAGCGGCGGGGCCGGCGUUGCCGGGCGGAAGCGGCGGCAGUUGGUGUUUAAAGGCUCCGCGGCGGCAAAAGGGCGGCGAGUGGCGGCAGCGCGGGAGGAGCCGCCCGAGGGCUCCCGGUUCCCUCCGCUCCGCCUCGGAGCGGCUGUACUUCCCGGCCCCGGCAGCACCCGGGCGGAGCGGGGAGAUGGUCUCCAGAGCCGCCGAUCGGCUGCUGAUCGUCGUCUCCGUGCUGGAAGGGCGCUGUUUCCCAAAACGACCCAAGCAUAUGCUUAUAGUUGAAGCCAAGUUAGAUGGUGAACAGUUGGCUACUGACCCUGUGGAGCAUACUGAUCAGCCAGAAUUUGCUACAGAAUUGGCCUGGGAGCUUGAUAGGAAAGCACUUCAUCAGCACAGGCUGCAGCGUACACCUAUCAAACUACAAUGUUUUGCACUGGAUCCUGUAUCUUCAGCUCAAGAGAAUAUAGGCUAUAUUGUACUGGAUUUAAGGGCUGCACAGGAAAAGAAACAGGCACCUAAAUGGUAUCCUUUGCUUAGUAACAAGUACCCUAAGUUUAAACCUGAAAUACAGAUUGGUGUUGCAUUGGAGAUAGAUUCAAAAGCACUGGUUGAUGAUUUUAAAGCAAAGGAGGCACCCCCUAGAGAAGGGAAGGUACUCACCCUAUUUCCUGGACUAGACCCUAAAAGUAUUGUGCCAGUCUUGAAUGAAGAAGAGGGUUAUCAUCAAAUUGGACCAGCAGAGUAUUGCAGAGAUCACUUUGUCAUGUCUGUAACCAUUGCAUUUGCCACACGGUUGGAACAGUUAGUUCCUAGUACUAUGAAGCUCCCUGAUCGACAGCCUGAGUUUUUUUUCUACUACUCAUUACUGGGAAACGAUGUCACAAAUGAACCUUUCACUGACUUGAUUAAUCCAAACUUUGAGCCAGAAAGAGCUUCAGUUCGAAUACGUAGUACAGUAGAUGUUCUUCAAGUUUAUCUUUGUUCACAGUCAAAGUUGCAGAUCCAUCUUUGCUGUGGGGACCACUCUCUUGGAAGCACUGAAGUUCCCCUGUCUGGACUACUGAGGAAAGGAAACAUGGAGAUUGACCAACACCCUGUGGCAAUAGAGGGACCAUUUGUUCUUGUUCCACCAAAUAGAGCUAAACAGAAAUUGACAAAACUGCCUUUGGAUCUGGCUCCUACUGUUGGGGUAUCUGUAAUUCUUCAAAGGGAGAGCUUGACUACCCAGCCUUUGAUUCCCUUAAAUGCUUCAACUGAGCCCAAACAGCCACAGGAGAAAAUUCUUUCACCUGUUAGUAGAAAAACAGAGAACCAGCAGCAAAGAUCACAGAAUGUCUCAUCUCAAGUUGACCAGAGUUCUUCAAAAGAAGAUGUAGCAACAGAAAGUGAAGUGGAAAGUCUUAAGCUUGAAAAAGGCUCAAAACCAAGGAAAAGGGGGCUGGUGGCUGGCUGCCCUCAAGAGGUUAACAAACAGUGUUUUGAAGAGCCUCCAGCUUUGAAAUCGCAAAGCAGAGCAAAGUCACCUCUGUUAGAUCUGCAAAAUCACACUGAUAGUGGUGCAGUAGCGAUAUCUCAGCCCAACCCUGUGGGUAUGUCCAGCUCUUCUGACCCUGUGUCAGCACAGAAAAUUGUCAUUCCAGCAGCCGCUCACCAUUUUUGCUUUUCAAUAGACUUAAGAAGUAUACGUGGUCUGGAAGUUGGUUUUCCAGUAAAUUGCAUUUUAAGGUACUCGUACCCAUUUUUUGGCAGUGCAGCACCUAUUAUGACAAGUCCACCUGUAGAAAUUAGAAAGAACAUGGAAGUCUUUCUUCCAAAGUCAUAUUGUGCAUUUGACUUUGCAACUAUACCUCAUCAGCUUCAAGAUACAUUCUUCAGACUGCCUCUGCUGGUUGAAUUAUGGCACAAGGAUAAAACAGCCAAAGACUUACUUCUAGGAGUGGCAAGGCUUCAGCUUUCAAAUGUUUUGGCUUCAGAAAAAACCCGCUUCUUGGGUGGGACUGGUGAACAGUGCUGGCGUCAGACUUGUAAUGAAACAGUCAGCUUCACAGCAGCACAAGGGUCAGGCAGCAGAAUAGCAGAGCUUUCGUAUGCCAUCACCUUGGAAGACUAUGGACUUGUCAAAGUGCAAGAAGUUAUGGUGUCAGAGUCUUCUCAAGAUGUAGGUGCUGGUCAACAACGGCAUGUCCCUCACACUCAGCCUCGCUGUGCCCAAGAAGGCCAUCCAGAACCUCGAGAAACUCUGGAAUACAAAGCAGCACUGGAGUUGGAAAUGUGGAAGGAAAUGCAAGAGGACAUUUUUGAAAAUCAGCUUAAAAAGAAGGAAAUGGUCCAUAUGCAAGCACUCGCAGAGGAAUGGAAGAAAAGAGAUAGAGAGAGAGAGGCAUUAGUGAAGAAAAAGGUAGCAGAGUAUAAUGUUUUGGAAGAACAACUUCAGAAAACCCUGAGAGAUCUGGAUAAGCGAGAGCGACAGCUUUUUAGUGCUGAAUCAGAGCUUCAAAGAGUGAAAAAGGAGCUGCAAGCAGAGCAUGAAAGAAAUCUGCAGGUGCUUCAGGAUUCUGUGCGUCGAGCCAGGGAGGAAUGUGCACACCAGCUAGAGCUAGAAAGGUCAAAAAUCAAACAACUGGAAGAAGACAAGCUUCGCUUACAUCAGCAGCUUUAUGAAGCAGAAAAUAAGCAUAAGACUUUGGAGAAGGAGUUCCAGCAAUACAAAGAACAGCAAAGUAGAAAACCAGAAAUCCAGCUACAAUCAGAAAUAAAUCUUCUCACUUUAGAAAAGGUUGAACUUGAAAGAAAGUUAGAGUCAGCUACCAAGUCAAAGCUGCACUACAAACAACAAUGGACAAGGGCUUUGAAAGAACUUGCAAGGUUAAAACAGCGUGAACAAGAAAAUGCAAUGGCUCACCUUAAAAAGCAGCAACAAGAGCUCGAGCACAUGAGGUUGCGCUAUUUGGCAGCAGAAGAAAAAGAGCUUGGGAAGACAGACCGACAAGAGCUGGAGGAGAUCAGAAAUGAACUUAACAGGCUGAAACAACAAGAAGAGAGAAAGAAAUUGGAGGAUGCUAGAGAGAAUUCUGCUGGUAGAGUGGAUAGUCUUCAUUGUAGAAAACUAAAUGAGAAUACAGAUGAUUACCUCUCUCGUCUGAUAGAAGAGAGGGAUACGCUGUUGAGAACAGGAGUCUAUAAUCAUGAAGACCAUAUUGUAAGUGAACUUGAUCGUCAAAUCAAAGAAGCUAUUGCAAAAAGGAAUAUCACUAUUUAAAAGCAUGCAGAAGGUUUUUUGAAAGAGCCAAAAUCUGAAUAGAAUGACUUUUAUAAGCCUAUCGUACUUUGCGAAAUAUGUAAUGUCAUGCUUUGUUUUGCACAUUUUGGUCAUCUCUCUUUGAAGUCAGUGUAAAUAUUUGCAACAUGUCAAGUUAAGCACAGUUGUAAGUUAUAUGGGGGCAAUGACUGGUUUUUAAUUUUUUAUUCUCACAUGUGUAUAUAUAAUUGUGUGUGUUUGUGUGUAAAUAUAUUUAUCUUGUGUACCCUCUUCUGAAAUGUUUCCUACCUCUUUUUACAUCACUCUGACUAGGUUUGUUUGUACUAUUUUUAAUUUUGAUUCUAAGAGUCAAUAUUUUUAUUGUUUCAUUCAGUUUUUAAAAAUAUCUUUUCAGCUAUACUAGGGCAAAAUUACAUCAGCUGUUUUCUCUGACAAAACUCUUAAUACUAAACUGAAGCAGUGACCCAAUGUUAGUUUUUUGCUACAUGACAUAUAAUAAAUUUUUGCUCCUCUGACUGCAGCUAACAUAACUAUGUAGUAAAUAAGAGACAAGGUUUUGAGUGUGAGGGGAUAAAAGUUAAACCUUUUGAAACUAAAGCCGAAUCAGUUAUUAACUAGCCUGAGUGUACAGGGUUGCCCUAGCAGUUUUGCACAUGUCCUGGUAAGAGUAUACCUAAGAGGGUGAAGACCUUAUUCAGAAAUCUGCAUGCAUUCUUAUAUCAAAAGAUACUUGAAUCCAUAAUUCUGAACACAAACAUAAAACAAGAGUUUUCUAAGUCAGGAUGUUUUCUUUAAUGUGGAUAUAACCAUUUUCAAGUUACUUAACAUGCAUUUCAAAACACGUUAUCUCAUUACAACUUAAAUUGAAUGUAAAGUUUUGUUUGAUUGUGGAAGUAUGAACAGCAUGCAAGGGAGAAAUCCACAACUAAUAUUAGUUUGUGCAUAAUCACAAUUGAAAAACACUUGGUUUUCUAGCUUUCAUUCAAUUUCUGUUAGAUUUGUGUGGAUUUACUUAAUAAGGUUAACUAGCAACACUGUCUGUUCAUUUGGCAUUCUUAUCUGUCCUGUAGUCACAAGUGUUUCCCUUUGAAUGUCAAGUACAGAAAUCAUCUUAGGAUUUAUUACUUUUAGUAUGAACAAAGAUACUAAUGGAAAAAAUAGUGGUUUGGGUAUUUUGCAUAAAAUCAGUGAACUUUCUUAGAGAAGGUUGUUUACAUGUAACCUUCCUGUUUUGUGUGAUAUUAAUUAUACAGUGGGAGGAGGAGUAUUUGUAUCUGGCUUUACCUCUCCAUGCGUUGUUUGUUCUCCACCUUACCAUGAGUAUAGGUCCGCCUAAACAAACUAUUCAUUUAGACUCCUUUGAAGAGUUAUAAACAAGCUGUAAUGAACAUUGAGAUCAUUUCCCAGAGGAAUACUUGAAUACUUAUCAAUACCAGACUUUGUAAGAAAUGCUUUUGUAGAUGUAUUUUUCUAAGUAGUGUGCUUAGAGAUCCCUCUUAAACCACAUAGAAAUCCAUGAAAUACAAUUUUAUAAUACUUUUUACAUCAUGCUGUGUCAUAUCACUGAUACAGGGUUAUAUGCAAUUAUUGUAAAUGAUGCAGGAAGCUUCUGUCUUGACAGGAAUACUUGUUCAUGACUUUUUUUCUUCAAAUGCUUGCUCAGUCGUGUAGUUUCUUCUCUAGACACUGGAGGGUGCCUGAGACUUAAAUAUUGCAAAGACAGUGUUGACUAUAUUUUCAUAACUGGUUGGUUUUUGAACUGGUAUUUUAUGACUUUUCAGGUGCAUUGUUUUAUGAAAUAAAAUUUGAUUUUCAAGUAAAUAUCAAGGACUUUGCAUUUUUUAACUACAUAUUUGAGCAAAUAAUUUUGUUUCCUAUUUUCUAAGAUCAUAUAAGUGUUUAGUGCUUGAAUCUAUAAAAUAAUAAACUUGUUAAUCACAGUUAAUUUCACUUUUUGGUUUUUUUAAUUAUUGUUUUUUAAUUGAGUCUCUUCUGUGGAAUGUAAAAAAAUUACAAUCAUGUUGCUAUAUGUUUUAAAAAAACUUGAGUUUUCUUUCUAACAAAUAGUGUAAAUUGAAACAUAGAAUGAAAUGUAAAAUAAAACAUGGAAUGAUUGUUUUUUAAAAACAUUUAUAAACUUCAUAAUUUAAGCUUGAGUCCAUAAUUUGAGUCCAUUUCGAUGUUAUUUGAAAAAUCACAACUUACAAAGUGCA